GGUUCGGCGUGCGAGCAACGACUUACGAUGGUCAAAGUCUCAACAUCAAACGAAAACGCCGAGGGCCAACGCAGAGAGAAGGAGCAAUGUCGUCAUCCAGCCGGAUGAGCAAAUUGCUUGAUGUCCCGAUUCACCGCCUUAUGGAGGAGCUAUCCAGAAAGGAGGCAGAGAGCUUAGCUUUGAUUGACUCGUUGCCAGGACGAACAGGGAUUGAACCCGCAUCUAGCUCGGCGAUGCCGACUCGUGAUCUGUGGACUGAUCGAUACAAACCGACCCGGUUUACCGAUUUAAUCGGCGACGAGCGCGUGCAUCGCGAGACUCUAGCAUGGGUCAAACAAUGGGACUUCUGCGUGUUCGGCCCCCAGAAGGUGAUUGGGAAGAAUAAGGGCAAGAAGAGAGCAAGGGAUGAGUGGUCACCCAAUGCGGGAUCCAGCAACCAGGAUCAGGAUUGGGAAGAGAGCAAGGACGAGUGGAAACGUCCAAAAGAAAAGCUCUUGCUUCUUUCAGGUCCUCCAGGCUUGGGGAAAACAACCCUUGCCCAUGUCGUGGCCCAGCAAGCAGGCUAUAGCGUCUUCGAGAUCAAUGCUAGUGAUGCUCGUUCGGGUUCUAUCAUUGACGACCGGAUAAAACCUGCGUUAGAAGCAGGCGCUGCUGUGGGUAAAUCCAAGCCUUACCUCGUCGUGAUAGACGAAAUAGAUGGUGCUACUGGAGCCGGAGAUAAUGCAGGGUCAUUUGUGCAAAAAUUGAUCCAGCUAACAUUCGAUAACCCCAAGAAGAAAGGCCGUAAUAACAAACCCGAGCGUGUUCGGCCGCUCCUCCGGCCCAUCAUAUGCAUCUGCAACGACCUCUACGCCUCCUCCUUGACCAAGUUACGACAACACGCACGAAUAAUUCGGUUCAACCGUCCAAGCGACGUUCAUAUUGUGAAAAGACUGCGAUGGAUUUGCGAGGAGGAAGAGCUUAAGGCUGAGGCCCGUGCACUCAGUGCUCUUGUCGGAAUCGCGAAGGGCGACUUCCGAGGAUGUCUCAACACAUUGCAAUUCAUCAAGGCCCGCAAUCAGGAGGUGUCGGAAAGCGUGGUGCGCGCAGCCACCGCAGGGAUGAAAGAAACCGAUAGCUCUUACAUGUCUGUUCUCGGCGAUCUCUUCGCGCCUAUGACUCGCAAACGUGUCAAAGAGCUGGCCAUUACGGAGACGGAGGAAGCCGCAUAUGUGGGCAGGCUCAGCCGUUCAAUCGAGGCCUGCGGCGCAAUAGACAGAAUCGCACUAGGCUGCUUCGAACACUAUCUCAACUUGCGAAGGCACGAUGCAACGUUCGAUCGAUACGAGAAAGCGGAAGAAUGGCUGGUGACCUAUGACAUGCUGAACGGCGCCAUGCGAACGGAGAGGGAGUAUGCGCUAAUACCGUAUCUUCCAUACUCGAUGGUUGCAUUCUAUCCACUAUUCCAUGAACGAGGGGGUCCAAAGGUGGAACGACCCAAGGUUGACUGGGAGAAUUUCCUUGUCACUCGGACAAAUGAAGAAAUCUACAAAUCACUA